CUUCAGCAUCUUGCCUGGGUGCAGUCGGCAUCUUUCUCUCCUGUUCAUCAUGCUGCCCAGCCUGCUGUUGCUGCUGCUGACUCUCCUGUGCCUCGGGACUCAGCUCCACCCUGGCCUGGCCUGUCAGCUGCCGUCUGACUGGCGACCCCUAAGCGAAAGCUGCCGAGCUGAGCUAGCAGAAAUCAUUGUCUAUGCCAAAGUCUUGGCUUUGCACCAGGAUAUCUACAGCAUGUACAACUACUUGCCCUGGCAGUACGAAGCCACUGAGGGAGGGCUCUUCUACUCGGCUGAGAUUGAGAUGCUCUGUGACCAAGCUUGGGGGAGCAUGCUGGAAGUGCCUGCAGGAUCCAGGCUGAACCUGACAGGAUUGGGCUAUUUCUCCUGCCACUCCCACACAGUAAUGCAAGACUAUGCCUACUUCUUCUUCCUCAGAAUGGAUGAGAACUACAACCUCCUUCCACAUGGUGUUAAUUUCCAGGAUGCAAUAUUUCCAGAUACCCAGGAAAACCGAAGGAUAUUUUCGAGCCUCUUCCAGUUUUCCAACUGCACUCAAGGGCAACAUGCUCUAAACUUUGCCAGUGACUGGGAGAUACAAGAAGACAACAGGCUGAUGUGCUCAUCAAUCCAGAAGGCCUUGUUUGAUGAAGAAGACCGUGCGAAGAAGCUCCAGCAGACCGUCACAGUCCUGGAGAAGCGUAACAAGCAGCUACGUGACCGAAUAAAGAAAGUGAAGCGGUCACUCCGGCAAGCCAAGAAGAAUGCCAGGCACGUGGAGCUGAUCAAUCGGAAACUCAGUGAGAAGCUCUCUGCUGCAGGGAGCCAGAUCCACCAUGCUAAUUCCUUAAAACAAACCAACUCUCAUACCACAUACCUGAAAGUGUAACGCCAGGGUUGGAACUGCAGGUAGUGAUCUCAGAGUUGACUAAGAGGCAGAUGCUUUUUCUCCUGGGUUCAUCUUGCAGUCCAAAGGGGCAUUAAGUGUUCAAGUCCCUUGCUGGCGCUGCACUAGGCCCAAAUCUAAAGUGGAGAUUCACAUAUAAAUUCUGCUUCUAAUUGUCAGCCCCUAAGACUGUAAGAUUUCCUUAAAUGUGUCAUUUAAGCAGGUUUGAACCCAAAGAGUGGCUGGGUCCCAUAUAAGUUCCAUAUAAGCUGGUCUGAAUUUCCCAAGAAAGGGUAGGAUACGGAAAGAGUAGGAAAAGAAAAAAGGCACCUCAUUAUUCCCAACAAGGUAGAUGCAAGUCUGUACAAAUGCUGCCAUUUUAGCCUCAUCUGAAUCUGAGAUGUGAAGGUGUUAAAAUCUGAUUUCCAGAUCUUUCCUUAUGCUGCCUGACAGAUUUUUUUUAAACAGGCACCAAACAGAUUUCAAAACAGGCACUUAUUUUUGUCAGCUGAAUCUCUUAACAAGCAAAUACACCCUGCUUUUUAAGUCAGAAUUUUUCUUCUUUAGUCUAAAAUUUUCAUAUGGAUUAAAUCUGUAGUAGAAAUUUUAAAGGCUACCGUUUCCUUCAAUUUACCUCAAAAUUCCAGCAUUUGCACCUUCAUCUUCUUGAAAUGGAGAACAUAUGUUAACUUUAAUAAUGUUAAGGGGAUUUAUUUGUCGUCGUCCCCACCCCCAAAAAACUAUUUCUGUAAAGCUGAGCUUCAAACACUAAUUUGUAUAGAAAGUUGAAACGUGUUUAUAUUGAAAUAAAUAAAUAAAUGAC